GCUAGAGGCUUGAAGAGAAACACGAACCAAAAGAGGUGUAGUUUUUCUUAUGGAAGAAUAUCCAGUUAUUUCAUGAUGGCAUUUGCAUCUCCAAAAAACACAGAUGGUCCCAAAAUGCAGACAAAGAUGAGUACCUGGACACCUCUAAACCAUCAGCUUUUGAAUGACCGGGUAUUUGAAGAAAGAAGAGCUCUGCUUGGAAAAUGGUUUGACAAAUGGACAGACUCUCAAAGGAGAAGAAUCCUGACAGGCCUGUUAGAACGCUGCUCCCUGUCACAGCAAAAAUUCUGCUGUCGAAAGCUUCAGGAAAAAAUUCCAGCAGAAGCUCUGGAUUUUACUACCAAGCUUCCAAGGGUGUUAUCUUUAUAUAUCUUUUCUUUCCUGGACCCCCGAAGCCUUUGUCGUUGUGCACAGGUGAGCUGGCACUGGAAGAACUUAACUGAACUGGAUCAGCUCUGGAUGCUCAAAUGUUUACGGUUUAACUGGUACAUCAAUUUCUCUCCAACUCCCUUUGAGCAGGGUAUAUGGAAGAAGCACUAUAUUCAAAUGGUGAAAGAACUCCACAUUACCAAGCCCAAGACACCUCCAAAAGAUGGGUUUGUGAUUGCUGAUGCUCAACCAGUUACAAGCAGUUCUCCUUCCUCAGCUUUCCGGUCCUCUUUAAGAAAGAAGAGCCACCCAGGGGAGAAAGAACUCCCACCCUGGCGAUCCUCUGACAAACAUCCAACUGAUAUUAUUCGCUUCAAUUACCUGGACAACUGUGACCCCAUCGAGCAAAGCUGGCAAGGAAGAAGGAAAAGACAUGAAAUGACCCCAGAGUUCAACCGACAGUCACGUGAUAAGAAAAAUAAAUUGCAGGCCAGAUCUAAACUAAGGAAAGCACAGUCACUGAUAUCCCUAAGCGCAGAGCCCAGCUCCCCCGUACACGUUCCAGCUCAUCUUGCUUGGCUUCCUCAUCGGCCAUUUGGGCUCCCACCCACCGAAGCAGCAACGAAAACUCUCAUGAGCAUCUCCAGAGACACUCUGGGCUUCAAUCGUUACCCCAGGCCUUCCAGCCAAAGCUGAUUUAAAAAAUGAGAGAGGAUUUUUCUAGAAAUGACAAGAUGCUCUACAAGGAGAGUUGGAUGUUACUUGGCUCCUCUAUUAGAAACAGUUUGGGCACCUUAUAGUGAAUGUGAGUCCUACAGUAUUUCAGUAAAAGGUAUUCAUGGCA